AUGGCUUCCCCUAGCGUUCUCACCUUUGACGCUGAGGGUCGGGCAGUGGACUUUGAGGUCUGGGUAGAUUAUCUGCAGCUUUUCCUGCAGUGCGAUAGGGCAGACGGUCUCUCCCUGUUUGACCUCACUUCUGGUGCCUCCCCUGCCCCUGCUGCUGAUGCUGACGCCACUGUUCGCUCACAGUGGGCCACACGUGACGCUGCUGCUCGCCUUGCUGUGCACCGCCACUUACCGACCACUGAGCGUGCACACUUUAGCCAGUACAAGAGUGUUCAGACCUUGUACGACGCUGUAGUUGCACGCUACUCUUCCCCUGCCACUGCUGCACUGAGCCGCCUUAUGCUACCGUACCUCUUCCCUGACCUUGCUGCCUUUCCCACAGUCGCUGACCUCAUUACGCACCUCCGCACUAGUGACACUCGCUACCGCGCUGCGCUUCCUGCUGAGUUCUGCGCCAAGACCCCCCCCCCCCCCAUGUACAUCACCCUCUACUACAUAGUCACCCGUCUCCCUGACUCUCUCCGUGUAGUCAGGGACCACUUCCUCUCUGUUUGCCCCACCACUCUCACCGUUGACCUCCUCGAGAAGGCCCUCCUAGCGAUAGAGAAGAGCAUAGUCGCUGUAGGAGCCUCUCGUGGUGACCCUCGCACCCCCGUCUUUGAGGGGUGUUCUCCCUCCCCCCUCUUGCCCUCUGUUGCCUCCGCUGGUGCGGCCAACCUUUGCGGGGGUCCGCACUCCACCCAGCGCUGCUUUGGUCGCCUGACGGACGUGUGGCGUCGCCAGUUCCCUGAGGCCUCAGAGAUCCCUCGCUGGGGAGAUCUGGCUAAGGCCGGGGUUGCUAUCUUUGAUCUUGACUUUGAUGCUAUUCUUGCUGCCAUGUAUGCUGUUGCUGAUAGUGUUGAGGGUGCCUGUUACCUGUGUGUACCGCCUAACCCGGGCAUUGAGGCUGCUGCGCUAGGUGCAGGUGAGACUGCUGCUCUAGGUGCUAGUGCGUCUGCUGACCCAGGUGCCAGUGCGUCUGCCGCCCCCGGUGCUGGUGAGUCUGCUCUCUCAGGUACUACGUCGGCUCAGGCCUUCCACACCUUCACCCUGGACUCGGGUGCGUCCCGCUCCUUCUUUCGAGACCGCACCACUCUUACGCCGCUCAGUCGGCCGGUUGCAGUCUCCCUAGCAGACCCCUCUGGGGGUCCUGUCCUUGCUAGCUUCUCCACUGUCCUUCCGUGCCCUGCAGCCCCCUCUGGCACCAUGUCUGGUCUCUACCUCCCCUCGUUCUCUACGAACUUGGUGAGUAGAGCGGACCUACAGGAUCGAGGGGUUGACCAGUUCACUCCUGCGAGUCAGCGAGUGACCCACUGCACGUGUGCUCGGACAGGCCGACACUUGGUCACGUUCACCCGUCGGCCAGGGUCGAGCCUGUACACCCUUACUGCUGAGUCUCCUCCUUCUGCUGAGUCUGCCUAG